AUGUUGGUGGACGACUAUGUCGUGGAGGAGCGCAUGAGCGUGUGGCAGAAGAAGAAGGUGCGCACGUACGUCGUGAACGGGCGCUCGAAGGUGUCCUCCCGGCGCUCCAUUGCGGGCGCCCUCGCCGUGGCGAAGCCGUACGACCGCAUCGAACUCGUGGGCGGGGAGUACUUUGAGGCCCUCUCCAUCAGCAUCCCGCUCGAGAUCGUCGCGGCGGAGGGCGAGGACCCCUGCAUCUCCUCCCGCGGCCCCUGCAUCACCAUGACGCAGGAUGUAGAGGUCUACUUUGAGCACGUUGAGUUUGUCUCAAAGGGCAAGGGGAAGUUGGAGUCCGCGGUGGCCCUCAUGAACGGCAAGGCGGUUUUCUUUCGAUGCAAGAUGAACUCCAUUCUCAUUGGCGGGUUUGCCAGGCCGGUGCUGGAAAACUGCACCGUCGCCGAAAGCUACAACGGCUACGGGGUUCAGAUCGGCGGCAGCGGGGGGGCGCAGAUCAGCGGCUGCACCAUCCACACCCACCAAAUGGCCGGGGUGGCGAUUGACACGAAAGGGGCCGUCGUGCUGCGCGACAGCACGAUCCGGCAGCCGGCGAACGGUGGGCACGCGGUGCGGGUGCAGGCGACGCAGAGCGCCGUGGACGAGCGCACCCCCGCCGAAAACCUCGCGUGUAGGAAAGUCGUCGUCAACGCGUGCCGCAUCUACGUCUCCUCGGAGAUGUUCCGGCCGAAGGAGCGCGAGUGGGGAGGGGGCGAGAAGUUCGUUGGGCCCCCGAGUUGCGUGGUCAUCUCGCGAGGCGCCUGCCCCGUGUUCAAGUACAAUGAACUUCUCGAGGGCUUUGUUGGCUUCACCUUUGAGUUCUCCGGCGCCGCCGUGCUGGAGGGGAACUCCAUAUACAACCAAAGGCACUGCGGCAUCCUUGUCGUCGUGGACGAGCGAAGUUACUCGUCGGACGCAAAACAAAAUGUUCGCAUAACCGGCGGCAACGUGAUUGACCGCUGCCUCAUCGGGGUGGACAUACACUGCAUGGGCAAGGUUAGGACGCCGCUGGCCACCGCGCAGGAAACGCUCCUCCCCCAGGAACUUCCCUCGUCUCGGAACUCGUUUGAUUGGAUAGAAAAGGUGCAGCAGCUGGAGGACGAAAACCCCGCGGCGCCGCAGAGUGCCGAGGAGGGAGUUCCGGUCACCGUCAACGGGCGCACCAUGGCGUUGGCAGAGUUGAAGGAAAAUUUGCGAACACUUGCCAAGUUGGUCUGUGCGGGGCAUCCAUCCCAUUUUUCCGGCGGGGAACCCGGCGAAAUGCGUGCCGGGAACACAGGGGGCAACCCGUUACGAGAGCUGGUGCAAGAGGCCUUCAAGCUCUCGCUGCCGCUGCCAAACACCAUCGACUGCGCGGCGCAGCUGCUGAGGAUUCGGGGGAACAAGGGCGUGGAUAUACUGGAUACCCGCUUCUCCGGCUGUGGGUUGUGCGCGAUUCGCUUCGGAAACGACGGCUACGGCCUUGUUGAGGACUGCGACUUUCUCAACUGUGGAGCGACGGCCAUUGUCGUGAGUGGAGGGGCCCACCCGCUGAUUGUGGGGUGCAAGUUUGACAACUCCAAAGGGGCGGGCGUGUUCGUGGACAACUUCGCCAACCCGCUCAUCAUGGGCAACGAAAUCUCGCAGAGCGCCGAGCACGGCAUUGAGUUUCGCAACCUGUCGCGUGGAAUUGUGAUGGGGAAUUUAAUCUUUGGCAACUCCCAGAGCGGGAUCCUUGUGACGGGGGGCAGCACCACGAUGAUCGUCGGCAACGUCAUCCAGCACGGUCUCUCCGGUGGGGCGACGAUCUCGGGCGAGAGCAAGCCGGUGGUGAUGCUGAACAAGUUCCUGUCUAACCCAGUCGCCCAGCUGCUGGUGUGCGAGUACUCCAUGCCGUUUAUUGCCGGCAACAACUUUGUGUCUGGGCAGGGCUGCGGCAUUCGCUUUGAGUCCUGCAGCGGAGGGACGGUGGUGGACAACACCCUCGCCCACAACGAGCGGGGAAUUGUGGUGGAGCUCGACUCGGACCCGUACGUGAUGUCGAACAAAAUCACCCACAGCCACCGCUACGGUGUGGUGGUGGGCAACAACGGCCUCGGCACGUUUGUCGCGAACGAAAUUGGGCAGAGCGGCAGCUGCAACUUUCUCGUGCAGGAGGGCGGCUCGCCGGUGGUGCGCGACAACGCCAUCACGGGCGGGCACACGGGCGGCAUCGCCGUGAUCGCCGAGGGGGGCGGGGUGAUGGAGCACAACUACCUCGGCGAAAAUGCGCUGGGGAACGUCAUUCUGCUGGACCGCUUCAGUGAUCCCGUCAUUGCGCACAACACGAUCACCAACUCCUUCAGCGGCUGCGGCAUCAUCUGCGGUCGCGAGGCCCGGGGGGAGUUCCUGCACAACAGGGUGCACAAAAACAAACAGUGCGGGGUUUACGUGAUUGGCAAAGCCAACCCCACGUUUGUCAACAACGCCAUUACCUACGAAUCGGUGGGUGUCAUCAUCUCCGACAGCGGCGGAGGGACAUUUAAGGCAAACACCAUUCAUGCAUGCUACGGCUCCGGUAUCAUUAUUCAGCUGAGCGGCAAUCCGGUUAUCGCGGGAAACGGCAUCUCCGGCUGCUUCCUCAGCGGCAUUCUGGUGUCCCCCGAUAGCAGCGGGACGGUGACGGAAAACAACUUCUUUGAAAACGACGUCGGCGUGCAGCUUGGCUCCACCUUGGGGACCGCCACGCUUGACGUCGAGGUCGGCUUCCUGACGAACUCGCCCGCGACACCGCCGUCGUUGGGCGCUCGCGACAAAAAGGGGUCGCUGAAGCCGCGGCGCUCCGUGACUCUCAGCGUGGAGGGCGAGAAUGGGGGCGGCGGGCGUGGCAAGCUCCCGCCGACGAUGAUACGGCACAACAAGAUUUACGCGAAUACGACGUGUGGGGUGUUGCUGGAGGAGGCCGCCUACGGGGUGUUGGAGGAAAACGAGAUUGAGUCAAACGGCAACUGCGGCGUGGUGGCGGAUGUCGGGUAUAGUGAGAGACGUGUGCGGGAAAAAAGGGACGGGCACCCCGUGCACGGCGGCUGGAAGUUGCUGCAGGGGGAAGCGGGGGGCGGGUCCGCCACGCUGCGCAGAAAUCGUAUUCACCGGCACAAGCAGGCCAACAUCGCCAUUGUAGACCACGCGGAGAACGGCAUCGUCAUCGCCGCCAACGACGUGUUUGAGGCGCCAACAGGCGUCUACGUGGGCAACGGCGCCACGAUACACUCCAUUGAGGGCAAUACGAUUCACGGCAGCUUCGACGGCGUCUACGCGGAGAGCGGCGGACGCGGGUGCUUUGAGAACAACAGGAUUUACGACUGUGACGGGGUUGGGGUCUACGUCUGCGACCGGGCGAAUCCCCACUUCAAGCAGGGGAACAUCAUAGAAAAUUGCCACAUUAGCGGCGUUUUUGUGGAUGCCGGCGGGCGCGGUGUGUUCUCCAACGCGAUCAUCCGUCGCUGCGUUGUGGGGGUGGUGGUGUACACCUGCCUGCCUCUUUCCUCGAUUGUGCGGCAGGAGGAUUUCCUGCGGAGCGGGUUUGUGACCUCCGCCCCCACGUUUAGGCAGUGCAGCAUCGAGGAGCACGACCUGCACGGUGUGCUGGUCCUCACGGUGGCGACGAGCUUUCCCCUGCGCAACCCCUCCUACGGCGUCGCCGGGCACUCGCCAAAGUCCGACGGCCUCAUGAAGACUCCGGGCGUCUCCGUCUUUCCGCAGUUCUACCAAAACACGAUUCGCAACAAUCGUCACUUUGGCGUUUGCCAUGAGAUGUACGACUCCUCGGAAAUGCGGGAUGAGACGCACUUCCCGCCGCCCCAGGAGCCCCCCGCCAAGGCCCGGCGGGUGGUCAAAAACGCUCUUUUUCCGCAUCAUCUUAAGCGGCAUGUGGAGAACGCGCACCGGUCGCAUUUUGCACCUCGUGACUCCCUGCAGGAGGCCUUGGGAACCUCGGCGGUGCUUGCGACGAAGGAGCACCACGAGGGGCGGAUGCAGCGGCAGGUGAGCUUCAUAGAAAACACCAUCACCAACUGCUCGGUGGGUGUGGUGGUGGGGGGGAGCUGUCACCCGUUUUUGCUGCGUAACCGCAUAGACCACAACGCCUUCUUUGGCAUGCUCCUGCGUUCCCGGGCCAAGGCCGUCUGCUUUGGCUGCGAGGUUACGGACAAUGGCAUGGCCGGGCUGUACGUUGCGCAGGGCUCACUUGGCACCUUCACCGGUGGCACGAUUUCUCGCAAUAACGGCUUCUGUCGCCCCGAUGGCAACCCGCAUGACCCGCGCUCCUUUGCCGGUCUUCCCUUCACGCGGUCGGGGUUUGCGACGCCAAGCGUACCCGUUGCGAGCGACGAAAGUCCACGCGUCGCCUUUAAGUCCGUCCUGCGCAGCAUGGAAAACUACGCAAACACGGCGGCGGAGGGGCUGCAUGCGCUGUGCGAGCUUCUCGCCGCCUCCUCGGUGGGUCUCUCGCUCGCCUCUGGGAUAUGCCCGAGUGUCUCGCUCGAGUCCGGCAUGUCGCUUGGGGCGGGGCCGCAAACGGACAGGUACGACCGCGGCUGGGCCGCCGACGGUGGCAUGGGGGUGUGGCUGGUGCAGGGGAGCAUGAUGGAGGUCAGGGACAACGUGAUCGAGGCAAACCGCAGCGUGGGGAUUUUCUACUCGCGCAACCUGCAGCAGCACCACCUGAACCUGUCGCGGUUUGCCGUGGCGCCCCUGGACGGCUUUCCGCGGGUUCCCGGCGGCGAGGUGAUCUCCGGCGCGAUGCGCAGCCCGCGGGAGGCGGCGGCGGCGCGGUGGGUGUUCUUCACCUCCACCGUCGCCCACUCCGCCGCGGGCGACCCCGCGCGGAUUUCCGCCUCGCCCAACGCCAACCACAGCUUCACCGAGAGCUGGCGUGCCUCCACGCCGCCGCAGAGCUCCGAUGUGCCGCGGCAGACAGACGCGCCCGUCUACGAGGGGGAUCGCCCGUACAUACUGACACGCCCAGCGACGGUGACCGGCAACCGCGUCACGAAGAACGGCGCCGGAAUUGUGAUGCAUCUGCACCACGUGAUGACGGCAAGCGCCGUGACUGGCGGAGAUGCCGCCGGGGAGGCCGACGCGGCGGAGGCGGCGGCGGCCAGGGCAAGGCGUGAGCGCAGCCCCAGCACCGCCAAGAAGUCGUCCCGCCGGCAGAAGAAAAAGGCGUUGCUGAAUGCGCUGCCGCGCUUCGGGGAAGGAGGGAGCUCCGCCGCCCCCACGGCGAGUAAAGAAGUCGCGGAGGGAGGAAAGCCUCCGCGGGAGGAGGCGGAGACGAAGUCGCUUUCCCCGCAGAUGCCAACUGGCGCGCCCCGCGGAGGGGCCGACUUCUCUGUCGAUAUGGAAGCCAACCACGUGUACGAAAACCACGGUGUUGGAAUUCUUUGUCUACACGUUGUUGAGGCCAUGUGUGGCCAUCACGUGAAGUCGCGCCUGGACCUGGAAACGGCAGUCGCGGAGUACAACGAUGUAUGUGUUAAAAUUACACUUAGACGUGAGUUGAUGCGGCCCAAGUUGCACUUUGCCCUCCUCGCGCAGGAGCGUAUGACGCGUCACGCACGCCUCAACGGGAAUGAGGUGUACAGGAACGUUUUGGAGCAGCUGCAGGUGACCUCUCGCUAUGUUGUGAUCUCGCAAAACUGCAUGCGGACGCUGCUGCAGGUGGAUACCUUGCGGCAGCCAAACGCAUCGAUGUGUUCCUCCCAGGCGCUUCUGCGCAUUCCUCUCUUUGCCUCCCUGAUGUCCGCCGCCCCGCCAGGAAGUCUGAUGAUUGAAAACAAUCGCUUCCGGGACAGUGAAAAAGGACUCCAUGUUGUGGGCUUCGUCGGCGGGAACUCUCUCUUACUGCGUCACAACAGCUUCGCCAACAUUGCGGGGGCGGCCGUCCUGCUGCAGGGGCACCUCGCCUCCGCCACCAUCGGGGGCGGCAACGUGUUUGAGGCGAACGAGGUGGGGGUCCGCGUGGCUAUGCCAGACAACGGCGUCACGGCGGAGGACGUCGCCUGGAUGCAGGCCAUGGGGGUGAACACGCACGUGCACGACAACCACUUCUGCGCCCCAAAACACGCUUCCGUGAUAGUCGAGGGCGGUGGGGCGCCCCCGCCUGUGUUUGAAGACAACAAAUUCUCUGCCCACAUGAGCGGCUCUGCGGCGUUUUUUAUUGCGGGUCCAAACGCUUGCACACGCCUGGUGAGGAACGCGUUUGUGGAUAAUUAUAUCCCUGUCAUUAUUGCAAAUAAAGCCGGCACGAGCGAGGAGGGGGACGGCAGCGUUGUUGUGGAGGGGAAUCGAUUUACCCGGAACUUCAUUGGGCUCCUGGUGGCCGAUGGAGCGGCUCCGCGACUCGUGCACAACGUGUUUGAGGCUCACUACCGCACAGGUCUGGAAAUCGUGGGCGAGGCCACAAAACCUGCGGUGCAGCAUUGCAUGUUUGCCUCGAACAAACGCUCCGAGGCGAACGCGCAAGAUGCAGAGUUGUUUCGGUGCCCUGAAAAUGGCGAAGUUCGACUUGGCCCCAACUUGGACGUGGUGGCGACGAUCGUCGCGGACAACACGGCAUCUGCGGUGCCAGGCAGACGGCUUCCGUCGGGCGUCCUCGUCAGCGGCGGGGGCGAGGGCGGCGCCAUUCACGAGUGUCUCUUCAAGGACAACGACAUUGGCGCCGACGUGGUGGGUAGCGUGGCCCUCGCGGAGGCGACGCUGGGGCGGGUGUGCGGGAUUCGGCUGAGCUCGUGCCUGUUCAAUGAGAACAACGUGGCCGGCGUGUGGGUGCGCGGGGAGGCGGUUUCCGCCGGCAGACGCGCCACCGUCCCUUUUAGCCUGAGCAGCAGCGGCGACGAACACGAGGGGACCGUCGUCGACGGCUGCUUCUUCGCCCACAACACCAACGACGCCGCGGGCAAAGGCGACGUGGUCGCCGUCGACGGGGGCUUCGCGGUGCUGCGGAACAACCUCUUCUCGGGCUCGGUCCACGGCAUGAAGGACGGCACGGCCCUCUUUGAGCGAAACACCUUCUACCCGGAGGCCGCCGAGGUGGCGGUGUACCUGCACAAGGCCGCACGUAUUCGCCUCGUGGGCAACAUUAUUCGCGGCCACAAAAACGGAUUCAUUACAUCCCCCGCCGCCUGGGGUCAUGUGGAGAAGAACUGGAUGGUAAACACCAGCCGCGCCGUCUGCGCCGCCCCCUUCUGCCACACGUUUUUUGUGCGCAACCGCAUCAUCAGGGCGAAGGACUGUGGCGUUUUGGCGUACGGCGGUGUCUUUACAGACAACGAGGUCUGCUGGAGCCCAACCGGUGUCAUUGUGCAGAACCCGAUGGAGUACAAAAACUACAGCAGUAUACCCAAUUCGGAAAAGACGGCGUUUGAUGCGUUGAUUUCGGAAAAUCGUGUCCACUCGUGUGAGGGAGACGGCAUCUUGGUCGCCGGCGGCGCCCGCAUUGAGGGCAACAGCGUCUUCAACUGCAAAACCAACAUGAAUGUUAUUUGCCCGCCAAACGCGAGUAGUGGCGCGGGCGUCGCUGCCAUCUCGAAGAAUGCCCUCUACGACGGCGAGGUGGGGCUUGUCAUGGCAAAGGGGUCGGAGUCCGUGAUUCGCGACAACGACAUCUUCGACAACAACCUGCUGGGGGUGUGGAUUAAGGCAGGCGCCUUGGGCACGAUGCAGGGGAAUUCCAUUUCCAGCUCCCUCCGCGAUGGCGCAUUCGACGUGGAGGCGGGGGCGGAUGUGAAAGUGCUGCAGAACAGCAUACGAAACCAAUUCUCGCCAUCGUACCACAAGACACUCCCAAUGCAUCGUGAAAAGGAGCGACAAAAGGCGGCGGAGGUCUUGGCUAUGGAACUCACGGGGUUGGAGGACGCGUUCCGAGAGCUGCUCUCGCGGCGCAAUGCUCUGCAGGUGGUCAUGCGGGCCAUACUAGAAACGAUGAAGGAGGAGGACUUUACCGGGGACAGCCUGGGGACGAUAGGCUCCAUGACGCUGGCUGGCCAGCCGUCCCGGGCCCUGCGCAGCUUCGCCCAGACCCAGAACGUUGUGGAGCUGCUUGGCCUCCCCAACACACGGGAGGCUAGGCGGUUUUCCAUGGACAAGACGAUGUCGAUCUCCGCGCUACGGGCCUCGAAGACCGUGAACCGCCGCAUGAGCCAAUCCACCUCCUCUGCGUCGAGGGAAGAGUACCGGCAGGUGCUCAUCUAUGUCUGCAGCACGGACAAGGAGACGCUGGGGAGCACGGAAAUCGGCAAGGCGGUGGAGGCCGUUUUCACCUCCGUCUCGCAGUCCUCGCGGGUCAUGUUCCGCGCCGCGCUCGAGGCCAACCCCAGUGGGUUUCAUGCCUCCGUGACGGCCCAAAUGCCGGACGUCAUCGUUGUUACCGUGGCCGCGGGGAAGAAGACGUUCAACGCGGCGGAGCUGAGCGUCUUUGCCACCAUUGAGCGCCUGAGUCGCGCGAACAACACAAGGCGGCGUGGCAAGAAGGGCGGUGUCUCGUGCGUCUUUACGCUUCUUCCGGCGGAGUGGAGAGCCAGCGUCGAGCAGCAGGCGUCUCAGAGAAAAGGUGAUGCCCCACUUACGGGACUAGAAUACUUCGCCGCCUCGCACAACCCCAUUUACUUUAACUUUGCCGUCUCUGAGGCCUUCUCCGAACUGGUGCGGCGCCUGGAGAGCGAGGCGGCCGCCCAGUCGGUUUCCCAACCGGAUGUGAGCAUCAGCAACCUGCGGGUUGCGGACGCGGCACUCAAGCCCCCAAGGGGGGGAGGUGGUCGUCGCUCCUUCGCCUCGGCGCCGCAAAUAGAGCCGGUCGCUUUGCUGCCACGGAAGCUUGCUCCUGCGCGGUCCCCCAUGAGUGCGACACCGGGGGCGCGCGAGGAGAGAUGA